AUUGUGGAAAUACAUGUAGGACCACUGAAAUAAUAUGUAACCGUUUCAAAGCUCAGAUUUGACCGUUGCAUCCAAAGUCCAAACACUCCACACUCAGUGUAAGUGUAUCAUCAUUCAAAUCUUACCCCUCUUUCUUUCUUCUUCUAAGGCCAUGUUUGGUUAACAAUAAUCGAUUCUAAAAAAAAAUGCCUGUUUCAACUCGAUCUAAAAUCACUUCUGAAAACGACUUAAAUCCACACCAUGGACUCAAAGAAAAACUCAAAACCCUCACUCUCUUAUACGAACAACAGAAACAACAAUCUCUCACCGCCAUGCGUGAUAGAAACUCCUCAAUCCCUACCACAACAACCGUUACUAAAACCUUCGUCUUACCUCAACCACCUAACCAAGAUUCCAAAGAAAAUCAUAAUCUCACCGUUGGAUCUGAUCGCAUUGUUGCCUUUUCCUAUCCAAAAAAAGUUACAUCAACGAAAAAUGCAGUUCCAGUGGUUGCUCGGAGACUGUCAAUGCCGGCGAAGGUGAAAGAGGAAGAGAUAGGGAAAUGUGGGAGCAGGAUAAUGGUGUUUGUGAGGGUUAGACCGAUGAAUAAGAAGGAGAAGGAAUUGAAUUCACGGUGUUGUGUGAGAAUUGUGAAUCAACGUGAUGUUUAUUUAACGGAGUUUGCUAAUGAAAAUGAUUAUCUUAGACUGAACAGGGUUAAGGGUAGACAUUUUACUUUUGAUGGUUCAUUUACUGAUUCAGCUUCUCAGCUACAAGUUUAUGCUACUACAACCUCGGACCUUGUGGAAGCGGUUUUGCAGGGGAGGAAUGGGUCGGUUUUCUGUUAUGGUGCAACGGGAGCUGGAAAAACCUAUACAAUGCUUGGUACUGUGGAGAAUCCAGGGGUGAUGGUUUUGGCUAUUAAGGAUCUUUUUGGUAAAAUCAGGCAGAGAAGCUGUGAUGGAAGCCAUGUGGUUCAUCUUUCGUAUCUUGAGGUUUACAAUGAAACUGUCAGAGAUUUGCUGUGCCCUGGAAGACCUUUAGUCCUUAGAGAAGAUAAACAGGGGAUUGUGGCGGCGGGUCUUACGCAAUAUAGAGCUUCGUCUGCAGAUGAGGUGAUGACAUUGCUUCAACAAGGAAAUCGGAACCGAACCACAGAACCAACUCGUGUAAAUGAAACAUCUUCGCGUUCCCAUGCAAUCUUGCAGGUUGUGGUUGAAUACCGAGUUAGAGAUGCUACAACAAUGAGCAUUGUUAACCGAGUGGGCAAACUCUCAUUAAUUGAUCUUGCAGGGUCUGAGAGAGCUCUUGCCACAGAUCAAAGAACACUUAGAUCUCUUGAGGGUGCCAAUAUAAACCGGUCUCUUCUUGCACUCAGCAGCUGCAUCAAUGCUCUUGUAGAAGGAAAGAAACACAUACCGUAUCGAAAUUCAAAACUCACUCAACUUCUGAAGGAUUCACUUGGAGGAAUUUGCAAUACUGUCAUGAUUGCAAACAUAAGCCCAAGUAGCCUCUCAUUUGGUGAAACCCAGAACACCGUUCACUGGGCUGAUAGAGCCAAAGAGAUACGUUUGAAGGUAAGUGACACCAAUGAGGAUCAAUUGCCUAUGCCCGAGACAGAAACUGACCAGACCAAGCUAGUACUUGAGCUGCAAAAGGAGAACCGUGAAUUAAGAACGCAACUAGCACAACAACAACAAAAGCUCUUGACUCUAGAAGCACAGUCCUUAGCUUCACAAUCCUCUUCAACUCCGAAACCUUCUGCUGCAACUCUUUCCACUCCAAUUUCUUCCCAACCUAGUGAAAAACGAAGGACUAGACCCUCUUUCUUGGCUGGAACUUGUUUCACUCCAGAAAUCAAGAAGAAAGGAGCUGAGGCAACUGUGAGGACACUACAACAGACGGUGAAAGCACUGGAGGCUGAGAUAGAGAGAAUGAAGAAAGAUCAUAGCUUACAACUAAAGCAAAAAGAUGAUCUCAUUCGUGAGGUUUCUCAAAAGUGUGGAAAACAGGCAUUAACAAACGGUGAAGUUGGAAAGAAAGUGGCAACCAGGGCUGCUAGCGUACAGGAAAAGGAGCCAAACAAUGGUGAAUUGAAGAGCCACCGGCUUCGAUCACCAGCUCCAACUGCAAAGAAACGAAGCUUUUGGGACAUAACCACCAAUCAUAGUCCAUCAGUUACUACGUUAAAUGGGAGAAAAACCAGAAGUCAUGUACUUUCAGAACCUACAGCUACAGCACCUCCUCCAUCCAUGCUUCUUCAGCCUGGUUUUGCUCGGCAACAAGCCAAUAGUUAAGAGUGUUUUAUGAAGGAGUGGAAGAGGAAGUUGCCAGAUUACAGGGAAGCUCUGUGUAUAAAAGCUCCUCCUUUGUGGCCAUCUUUUAUGCAACUGCUCAAAGGAUAAUAGUGCAGUCAUCUGCAAACCCGAGUGUCCUUUGCAUGCUUCUUCAUUCACCACCACUUUCAUAUCGGGUCAAGAUCCUCCUCUCCUUUUCUCAAAAGAAAUGGAGGGCUCCAUUUAUCUGAGAGGUAGACACAGAUGAGAUUGGUGUAAAACUCCAAAAAAAAAAAAAAAUUCAUUGUAGAUGUACAUUCAUUGAUUUUUAUGACAUAGGUAGAUUUAUUAUUACAGAAAACCAGAUGCCAUGAGUUGGUAAAUUCACGAUUGCCUUGAUAUAUAAAUUAUCAUGCACUUACAUUA